CACAUUCCUGGGCGCCUCGUCACUUCCCCUGCGCUGGCUGUCCUGGCGGCUCACCCAAGCGGACUCACUGAGCGACGCGGGCGGGCUAUGACACCAGGGGCGCUGCUGCUGCUGCUGCUGCUGCUGGGGGCGUUGGGGGCGCCGUUCGCCCCGGAACGGAAGUGGGGAUCCUGGACUUCGGUCCCAGACGGUGGAGAUCGGGAUGGCUUCCGUGCUGAUCCGAGAAGCCAAGGAGGGAGACUGUGGAAAUAUCCUGAGGCUGAUUCGGGUGAGGGCUGCAGGCCGGAAACCGGGGUCCCAGAGGGGGAACUCGCUGAGUACGAGAAACUCUCAGACCAGGUGAAGAUCAGUGAAGAAGCCCUGAGAGCAGAUGGCUUUGGAGAGAAUCCUUUCUAUCACUGUUUGGUAGCAGAGAUUCUUCCUGUCCCCGGGGAGCCACAGGGGCCCUGUGUGGUGGGCUAUGGGCUAUACUACUUCAUCUACAGCACAUGGAAGGGACGGAACAUUUAUCUGGAAGACAUCUACGUGAAGCCAGAGUAUCGGGGUCAGGGGAUUGGCUCCAAAAUAAUCAAAAAAGUGGCUGAGGUGGCCCUGGAUAAGGGCUGCUCCCAGUUCCGCCUGGCAGUCCUAGACUGGAACAAGGGGGCUAUGGACUUGUAUAAGGCCCUAGGAGCCCAAGAUCUGACAGAAGCUGAAGGUUGGCACUGCUUUCGCUUUGAAGGAGAGGCGAUGAGGGAGUUGGCAGGAAAGUGACGCCAUCCCUUGGGGAUCUCCAUUUCAGCUUCUUCAUCCCCACCAGCUCAAGCAGUCCUCAGAGACUGUCUCCACUGACCAAGGCCUCCCGGAAGGAAGGGAAGGAGGGUUGGAGGUGAAUAUUCCCAGAUGGAAAGAACAGAGGUGAGGAAGAGGCAAGCCUUCCCACUUCCUUGUUAAGGGUGAAAAAUAAAUGAGAAUUCCCAUGUGUUGAUGUGGUGUUGGGUGGAGGAAUUGAGGAUGUGACAAGCUUCAGCUAUUACGACCCUUCCUCAGUGUUUUCUGGUCAGUGGAUAUUGCUCCUGGGGAUAAAAGUGGGCCUAAGAUGACUUUCACCCACAAUGGACCAGAGUAUUGGCUCUGGCCUCUAGCAUAUAUAUCAGGCUUGUUGGUCAGGUUUGGGACCCAGACAAAGGCCUCCAGUGUCUGGACUGGGCUGUGUGGAAUCCGAGACUGAGGCAGGCCCACCGACUCAACAGAUGGAACAGGCUGCCACCUGGUGGCGGCAUUUUAGGGACACUGGGAAGGACCACUGGCCCCAACUUUUUAAAAAAUCCGCUCAGCUAGCGAGUGCUUUUUCUUUUUCAAAAGUCACAAAGCCUUUAUUUUCAGUUCAGCAGAACCAAAACAAACCUUUAGGACCCAUGGAGACAAGAAGGGAAACAGGUUCAUUUCCUACUUUCAUAAUAUUUUAUUAUACAAGUAAUGCAGGUUUGUUGUAGAGAAGUUUGAAGGGACAUAUAAAAAUAAAAUCCAUAGCCUUACUUACAUCUCUCCUCUUAACCCUUUGGUACUGAUUCCUUAGAUUUUUUCAAUGUACAUAUAUACAUAUAAUUAGUUAAGUAUGUGGGGAUUUAUGGGAUCAACUCUUUUGCAACCUGUUUUUUCAUUUAACAAUAAAUCAGAAACAUCUUCCUAAGUUAUUAAACACAUCAUCACUUUCAGUGGUAACAUAUUAUUCCUUUUGUGGAGGAACCAUUGGUUAAAUGGUCAUAAUUUAGACACUGAAAGUGGACAAGCAGGUAACAUAAAUGUGUAAAUUGUAAAACACAGGAUCAAUGGAGCCUAGAGAGUUGAAGAUCCAUCUUAAAAUUCAAAAAAAAAAAAAUACAAUUCAGCCAAACAACACUUCAAAGGCCCAAAUUCUUCCAGAGUGGUGCCAGUUUUGGGCCCUUAAAAUGAGUUUACAACAGAUGGGCCUUUAGGACAAACUUGAUUGAGAAAUAAUGAAGCUUGUCUGCCC